UGCCCACAGGGCGGUGUGAGUGUGUCCGAGCGGAGCUUGGCUGCGUGGGCAGCGCGUAACGCCGAGCCGCUGUGACACGGUGCGGGUGUUUGUUGGCCCUUUGUCUGCGGGAACCGGCGGGAUCGAGCUCGUGUCCUGUUUGCGCGGCUCCUCGUGCGCUCACGGCGCUGCUCGAGUCGUGUUGCUGCCGGUGGCUGUGUGGCAGUUGAUGCUGCAGCCCAGCACAGCCGCUGAGCGCUCCGGACCUGGAGGUUUAUGAGCCCUAUGGGCCGCCACCGCCUGUGUCUCGCUUAUUUCCGUGCCAUGGAGAGCUGCUUGUCUGGGAUGGGAGCUGGGACAACCGCGGUUUUGUGAUGGAGACAGAGUCAAAGUCGCACUGUGAUGAACAGCACCCUCAUCAGGCUGAAGACACAAGCAGAAAGCAUGUGCAGAACAGCAAGCUUUCAGCAGGAAUAAAAAAAGAUAUAGAAAAACUUUAUGAAGCAGUGCCACAGCUUGUAAACGUGUUUAAAAUUAAGGAAAAAAUUGGAGAAGGUACCUUUAGUUCUGUUUACUUGGCCACGGUGCAACUACAAUCAGGAUGUGAAGAAAAAAUGGCUCUGAAGCACUUGAUUCCAACCAGUCACCCUCUGCGAAUUGCUGCUGAACUUCAGUGCCUCACAGUAGCAGGGGGACAAGAUAAUGUUAUGGGAGUUAAAUAUUGCUUUAGGAAAAACGAUCAUGUGGUUAUUGUUAUGCCAUAUCUGGAACACGAAUCCUUCCUGGACAUUUUGAAUUCUCUUUCGUUUGAAGAAGUGAAAGAAUACAUGUUUAAUCUGUUUAAAGCAUUGAGGCGCAUUCAUCACUUUGGUAUUGUUCAUCGUGACGUCAAACCCAGUAACUUUCUCUACAACAGGAGGCUGAAGCAGUAUGCCUUGGUAGAUUUUGGCUUGGCACAAGGAACUCCUGACACAAAAAUUGAACUUCUCAAAACUGCCCAUUCUGAAGGCCAGCAGGGAAGUUACUCACAAAGUAAUCCCAACACAGCCUUGGGAAAGGGGGUUUCUGUCAGCGUCACAGCACCUAACCAGAUUGCACAACAGUUAGCAUCAAGAGCAUCUGAUAAAAGCUCACACUCCAGCUCACACUCAAAAAUACAGAUUAAACAAGGAAGAGGAGGAAAGGAGGAUUCUGUGCACCAUUCUGCCCAACGCUCUGUCUUUGGAGAGAGGAAUUUCAACAUCUAUUGUUCCACAUACCAGGAAAACUCAAAUACAAAACUCUUUAAACAAUCAAAGGUGAUCGAUGUUUCAUCUAGGAAGUUAGUAACAAAGAAGAAGAUUAUUUCUACCAAAGCCAUGAGCAAUGGGCUGGGCAGGAAGGCUGCCAGUGGUUGUCCAUCAAACCUGACCUGUAACUGUUACGCAACGGACAGAGUUUGCAGUGUUUGCCUUUCAAGGUGUCAGCAAGUUGCUCCCAGAGCAGGAACACCUGGAUUCAGAGCACCAGAAGUACUGACAAAGUGCCCCACUCAGACAACAGCAAUUGACAUGUGGUCUGCAGGAAUUGUAUUCCUUUCUCUGCUCAGUGGACGGUAUCCAUUUUACAAAGCAAGCGAUGAUUUAACUGCUUUGGCACAAAUCAUGACAGUUCGUGGAUCUCGAGAAACCAUUCAGGCUGCUAAAACUUUUGGGAAAUCAGUUCUGUGUACCCAGGUUGUCCCAGCACAAAACUUACGAACUCUCUGCGAGAAGCUGAGAGGAACAAAUAGCAGCUGUAACAGAUCCCACUGCGAUGUGCCCUGCAAAUCUGGAGACGACUCAGCUUUGCCAGUUGAAGUAGACAAACAAUGUGCUCCUGAGAUACUCAGAAAAGAAACUCAACACUUAAAGAGCUGUCAGGAAGAUGACGGUGCUUCAGAAGAUAAGGCAACAGACAUGAAAGGAUGGGAUCAGGUUCCUGAUGAAGCAUAUGACCUACUUGAUAAGCUACUAGACUUAAACCCUGCAACAAGAAUAACUGCAAAAGAUGCUUUGCUGCAUCCCUUUUUUAAAGACAUGAGGCUAUGAGAAGACGCCUUGUUCUGCUCUUGUACGUUUUAUGUGAAAGUGAGAUACUGAAGGAGUUUUAAUCCAUUGCCCUUAAACUCAUUGAAGUACCAUUACACUGUGCACAGCACUACUGAAAUUGCCUCACAGGUGGACUGCAAGUGCAACUUCUUAAAGGAAGCUUACAGAUGUCAAUAUUACAUAAACAUUACUAACGCAGUCAAAUCCUAAGAUGCUUUUGAGGUGUUGUUACAGUGCCUAAGAAAAUUAACUGUGAUUUAAAACUGUAGAGUUUCUCACACUAAGGUUAAUUCUUUGAUACUCUCUCAAAACAGAAAUUUGCAUUAAGGUAUGACUGAAAUGAAAAAGUGCUCGAGAGCCUUUUUUCCAUAAUUGCACACCCCCGCUUUGCUCCCAGUUAAUACCUGGGAGACUGAAGUGCACUGAUUUUGUUCAGGUGGUUUUUGGAGAACAGCUUUACUUUGGGAUUGUUGCUGGAACAGGGGCAGAUAGUGCCGGUUUUGUCAUCAAAACAAAAACAUCACUCUUUUAAAAGUUCUUUUUUUUUUUUAAUCCUGUCUGUUCCUUCCUACUUAAGCAACAGUGAUAAAUGCAGUUAGUCAUCUUGCAUAGCCUGUAUUUCUUCAAUGCCACUGUUAGCUGUAAAUACACAACAACUGUUGCCUUCAGAAUGUCUUGUGUGACACGUAUAUGUUUGAUUUCUGUUACGGAAACUGAUUUUCGCAGAACAUCUUUUAAAUAAAGGGUUUGUUUUUAUACCUUCAGAA